AUGCCGGCACCCUGGGUGCUGCUGCUGCUGGGCCUGAAGCUGCACCAGGCGCUCGGAGUCAUCCCAGUGGAGGAGGAGGACCCAGCCUUCUGGAACCGACAGGCAGCUGCUGCCCUGGACGCCGCCAAGAGUCUGCAGCCCAUCCAGACAGCCGCCAAGAACCUCAUCCUCUUCCUGGGGGAUGGCAUGGGGGUGCCCACGGUGACGGCCGCUCGGAUCCUAAAGGGGCAGCUGAACAACAAGCUGGGGCCUGAGACGCCCCUGGCCAUGGACCAGUUCCCGUACCUGGCCCUGUCCAAAACCUACAACGUGGACAGGCAGGUACCAGACAGUGCAGGCACAGCCACGGCCUACCUGUGCGGGGUCAAGGGCAACUACCAGACCAUAGGCCUGAGUGCGGCCGCCCGCGUGGGCCAGUGCAAUACGACGCACGGCAACGAGGUCACCUCCGUGAUGAGCCGGGCCAAGAAAGCAGGGAAGUCUGUGGGCCUGGUGACCACCACGCGGGUGCAGCACGCCUCCCCGGCUGGCACUUAUGCACACGUGGCAAACCGAAACUGGUACUCAGACGCUGACAUGCCCACCGCCGCGCUCAACGAGAGCUGCCAGGACAUCGCGGUGCAACUCAUCUCCAACGUGGACAUUGACGUGAUCCUGGGUGGGGGCCGCAAGUACAUGUUCCCCAAGGGGACCCCCGACCCUGAAUACCCAAGCGAUGAUGAGCAGAGUGGAAAGAGGCUGGAUGGACGGAAUCUGGUGCAGGAGUGGCUGGCGAAGAACAAGGGUGCCCGCUACGUGUGGAACCGCGAGGCACUCAUUCAGGCCUCCCAGGACCCCUCAGUGACGCACCUCAUGGGCCUCUUUGAGCCGGGAGACACCAAAUAUGACAUACAACGAAAUGUCACUGAGGACCCUUCCCUGAUGGAGAUGACAGAUGUGGCCCUGCGCCUGCUGAGCAGGAACCCCCGCGGCUUCUACCUCUUCGUGGAGGGGGGCCGUAUCGACCACGGCCACCACGACAGCACGGCCCACCUGGCCCUGACGGAGGCCAUCAUGUUCGACUCCACCAUCGAGAUGACAGGCCAGCUCACCAGCGAGAAGGACACGCUGACCCUGGUCACCGCGGACCACUCCCACGUCUUCUCCUUCGGUGGCUACACGUUGAGGGGGAGCUCCAUCUUCGGGCUGGCCCCCAGCAAGGCCUUGGACAACAAGGCCUACACCUCCAUCCUCUACGGCAACGGCCCCGGCUUUGCGCUCAGCGGCGGCAGCCGGGCCGACGUCAAUGACAGCCAGAGCGAGGACGCCGAGUACCAGCAGCAGGCGGCCGUGCCCCUGGGGUCCGAGACCCACGGCGGCGAGGACGUGGCGGUGUUCGCGCGCGGCCCGCAGGCGCACCUGGUGCGCGGCGUGCAGGAGCAGACCUUCGUGGCGCACGUCAUGGCCUUCGCCGCCUGCCUGGAGCCCUACGAGGCCUGCGGCCUGGCCCCGACCGACGCCGCCCACCGGGCCGCGCCCCCGGCGCCGCUGCUGCUGGGGGCGCCGCUGCUGGCGCUGCUGCUGGCGGCCGCCGCCCCGCGCUGA